ACCUCGGAGCUCCGUCAAUGGAGAAGGGCUUGGUCUCCAUAGAUCGAUGGGUGAAAGGGAGCCAGGCUUACUUUCUCACUCACCUCCAUGCUGACCAUACCAGAGGCCUCUCUCCGCUAUGGACCCUCGGGCCCCUCUUCUGCUCUCCCAUCACCGCCCGCCUCCUCCCCUCUCGCUUCCCCGGGCUUGAUUCCUCCUUGAUUCGGGUUCUGGAGAUUGGUCUCACCCACUCCAUCACUUUGAUCUCUAAAUGCUCUGGAUCCGAGGUCCAUAUUCUUGUCACCCCAAUCGACGCUAAUCACUGCCCCGGUGCAGUGAUGUACUUGUUCCGUGGUGAAUUUGGAACUGUGUUACAUACUAGGGAUUUUCGAUGGGAAUUGGACUCUGAAAGGGCACAACUGGCUAGGAGAAACCUUCUUGAUGCUCUGGGAGGUGAAAGAGUAGAUUUGCUUUACUUGGACAACACUUACUGUCAUCCAUUCUUUUCAUUUCCUACUCAAGUUGCCGCCCAACAGGUAGUUGAUUUUAUAAAGCAGCAUCCCAAUGAUGAAAUCAUAAUUGCUGUUGACAACCUGGGGAAAGAAAACUUAUUGGUUUAUAUUUCACAAGCUUUGGGCGUAAAGAUAUGGGUAUGGCCAGAGCGCUUGAAGACCAUGCACAUUCUUGGGUUGGAUGAUAUUUUUACAACAGAUACCAGUCUAACCAGGGUCCGAGCUGUUCCUAGGUAUAGUUUUACAUUAGAUACACUUGAGGGACUGAACACUAUAUGCCCCACCAUAGGUAUCAUGCCUUCUGGUCUUACAUGGGGUUCUCUAGCUUUUGAGAAGGAUAUUGGAUAUGUUGGUCUGUCAGAAUCAGAAGGUCAUAGCGGUGAGAAAAGUAAGAACAAUAGGAAAAAGAUCUACAAAUGGAAAUAUAAAAAUUGUGAGAUACAGGAGCUUAUGAGGACUGUGCUGCCCAAAAACGUGUUUGGUAUUGUGUCUGCGUCCUCUUUCGAUAUCCAUCCUUGUCACCACUUUGAUAAUCUCAACUGUGAAUUAUGUACAGUCUCUGGAAGUGAGAUCAGCACAAAAGUCAGAGGGAAUCAUCUGGAUGCUUCUUUCCGCAAUAAACUUAACAGGAGAGCUGUUUUGCAUCAGAAUUUGAACAGAUCAAAUGUGAAAUGUGGAAGACAUCUUCAACCUUCUGCCUCCAAAACUAAUAGAAACGAAGGUUGCACUGAGAAAGGGUAG